AGCAUAGCGGCUCAAAAUGAGUCCAUGGCUGAGCUAGUAGUAUACGGACGCGAAAGCUGUGGUUUUUGCAGAGACUUCAAAGAGCUUUGUUGCGAAGAAGGUUUGAAGUAUCGCGAUGCCAACAUCGAUGUGCCUGCCAACAAAGCGGAAAUGGCCCGAAAGCUGAGGAGCACUGAGUGGUUCAAAGGUGGCAAGUUUGGGCUACCAUUGGUGGACGUUUACGGAAGCAUUCAUGAGCGGCCAACAGUGGCGAGUGUCAAAGCUGCCAGGGAGAUGUUGCCUAGUGAUGAGCAGGUCGACAAUAUAAAGAAACAGUUCAAGGAGUUGGACCUCAACAAUGAUGGUACGCUUUCUUUCAAUGAGAUGCAAAAGAUGAUGCAGGGUAUUGCACCAAGCAUGUCUGAAAUCCAGCUGCAGAAACUCUUUUGCGCAGCUGAUGUGAAUCAGAAUGGGGUUCUUGAGUUGAAUGAGUUCAUCGACUUUGUUCUACAUGGCAAGGCAGCAAUGGCCAAGAUCAUGCAGGAACCACCUGAGACGGAGCCAUGCCCAGAAGCUGUGAGAGAGGAUUGGAAGGAGCGGGCCCUUCUGGCACACAACUGGUUACGGCGUCGGCAUGGCGUACUGGACCUCGAAUGGAGUGAUGAAUGCUACGAAAAUGCCAAGAGGCAGGCUGAUGCUUGUCAGGCUGCAGGCCGUAUGCUCCAGGGCCACUGUGAAGGGACAUCUGGACGGCAUGGGCAGAACAUCUAUUGGAAUCCUUGCACUUGCCCUCAUCCCAACGUGAUCGUGGAGUCUUGGUACAAAGAAGUGCAGGAACCGGGCUACGACUUUUCCAAGUCGCUGGGCUCCCCUGAGACCGAGCAUUUCACACAAGUGGUCUGGAAAAGAACCACACAUGCCGCCAUGGCAGUGUCUGAAGAUGGUAUGUUUUGCGUGGCCAAUUAUUUCCCCGCGGGGAACCUGGGAAGCUUUAAGGAGAAUGUCUUCCCUGAAGGCACUGCUGUGCCAAAACCGCCCCGCUCCCAUGUUGCGUUGGCAAAGGCGAAGGCUGCAGCGCUGCGGCCGAAGGCUGUCGGAAAAUCCAAGGGCAAAGCAAAGCACCUGGCUGAACCCGAGGCAAUCCUGGAGAUGGGGGCCGACGGACUCCAGACUCUGACAGUGAGGGCGCCUUCACUGGCGGUGGAGGAAUUCCUGGAAGAUUGCCCGUGGAAUUUCAAGGAACGUAUUGAAAAGGCCUUCCAAGAAGGCGCUGAUGCUGUUGUGAUUGAUCGUUUGGAGAAGCCGCCCCAAACACAUAUCCGAGUGAUCACUCGGAAGAAUGGAGAGAUCCUUUCGCAGUUCAGAGGUACCAUGGGAGGCGGCUGACGAUAGGUGUGAAGCAGGCAAAGCAAUGCAAAGGAAAGUAUCAAGGGUGAAGACAGCUUUGGGGAGACAUCCUUGCAGGUGAGGGAGUGCAAAUGGCCCAUUGGAUUGCUGUAAAGAUCAUUCUUUGGAAAAGAUCCUCUGAUUCUACUCCAUUAUUGUUUUCAGCCCAAAAGCAUUUUGGCUGCUCAGUUUCUCUUGUAUUCUCGGGGAAAGCGAUGUGUGAAAGGUUCUAGCUGUGUGAAAGGUCUCGUGUCGAUAAGGUGAAGGAGCCACACAGGGAGUCACUAGGUAUCCGAGGGGUUGGCGACAGACCGGAUGCUCGGGAUGCUCAACGGUGUCGCAACAAGGAUUUGUAUGGUGGACGGGAUGCCGGGUGG